CUCAUGCGCCCACUUCUCCAACGUCUACGCCCACGUCUUCAACGGCUGUAACAAACACGAUCGCAUGCACUGCAUGCUCCUAGCUCCUAGGCACUAGCUAGUCAGUUUGUUAGUUAGUUAGUGGGCUCCUGUACGUGAGAUGUAACCUGUAUAUAUGAGUGUGGAUGAAUACAGAGUGAUGUGUUCGACCCAAUCCUUGUCUUUCUUCUCCUACAUGGUAUCAGAUACUACACUGAUCCUCGACCUCCUCGCUUCCGCCUACUCAUGGAUCUCUUGGACCUCUCCUCGGCUGGCUCUGGCUCCAAUCCCUUCGGUUCCGGCGGCUCCGGCACCAACCCCUUCGGCGACCCUCCUGCUGCCUCCCCGUCGGUGAACCUCUCCCUCAUCCUCAACCUGAACAUCCACUUCCAAAUCCCCAUCACGCUAGAGCUCCAGCCACCCAACUACUCCCAAUGGCACUCCUUCUUCCAUGCCCUGAUCAUGUCCUACAAUCUCAAAGACCACGUCGAUGGCACUGUUGAUGCUCGCACUCGUCUCAAGGACACCGAGUGGCGCAGGUGGAUUGGUGCAUCAUCCGCUGGCUCCUCGGCACGGUCUCUGGUCAAAUCCGGGGCAUCGUGAACCACCGCAAUCCCACUGCGUAUACUCUCUGGACGUCGAUCCGCCAACUCUUCCUCUCGAACCGCAACCAGCAGGGCAUCCUCGCCUUGGAGGAAUUCCACGGCCUCUUCCAGAAUGACAUGUCCGUCACCGAAUACUGCACCCGUCUCCAAACUCUCGCCGACACCCUCUUCGACUGUGCCAUGCCGGUCACCGAUCGUGCUCUCGUCUCCAACAUGUUGCGUGGCCUCUCCAACAAAUUCGCGCACGCCAUCUCCACGAUGACCUACGAUGACUCCAAGCUGCCCACCUUCCUACAGGCGCGCACCUACCUCCUCCAGGAGGAACGCCGGAUCGAUCACGCCGCCGCCAACGCCUCCGCCACGGCCCUCUACGCCGGUCGCGCACCCCCUGCUCCGACCCAGGUGCAGCAGCCGGCGCCGCUGCCUCGCCCCUCCUACCCGCCCGCAGGCGGUCACGGCGCAUCUGGCGGUGGCGGCGGCGGCCAGCGCGGCCGCAAACGCCGCAAGGGCGGCAAUGGCGGCGGGUCCGGUGGCCACCCUGCGCCAUCUCCUCCUGCGCCCCCGGCGCCCGCCUACGUCCAGCGCGCCCCAUACCCUGGCGCUGCCGGCGUUAACCCGUGGACUGGCAUGUUCCACGCGUGGCCCCUGACGCCGCGCCCUUCAUCUGCCGGUGUGCUCGGCCCUCGCCCCGCCGCACUCGGCCUCACCGCGAGCGGCUACCAGCCGCCACCACCACCAGCCGCGGCCGCCGCGCCGACCCCAUGGGACACCAGCGCGCUCCAGGCUGCCCUCCUGGCUAUGCAGCAACAACCGUACACUGGCGGCGGCGAUUGGAUCCUCGAUACGGGCGCCUCGUCGCACAUGGCAGCCAAUCCUGGACCUACGCACUGGGACGGUGGUGCUCCGCUGUAACAGCCCCGGCGAGUUGUAUCCCCUGCACUCCGGCGAUGUCUCUCCACCCGCUGCGUUCGUCACCAUCACCGCUGACCUUUGGCACCAGCGGCUCGGCCACCCCGGGCGUGCAACUCUUUCUCGCAUUUUAGACACCUUUGAUUUUCAUUGUAAUAAAACCACAUCGCAUACUUGUCAUGCGUGUCAGCUUGCCAAACAUGUACGACUCCCGUUCAGUGAAUCAAACACUAUUGCUCCAUUUGCAUUUCA